ACGGCUCUUUAAACAGAGCUCGGGGACUGCCUUAGGCAGAGAGAACCUCCUCUUGCAGUCAGGCAGCAGGUGCUGAGAACACAGAUCUUGUUACUCUGUAGAUAAGGAAUGUCAGAGUGUCUGCUGAGAGGCGGUCAAGCUGUUUGUUUUGGACUUCAGUCUCGCCAUUUGUCAGGAGAGUGCUAAAGCUACAGCAUGCAUGGGGACAUUUAGGGAGCACACAGACAACUGCUGAGGGGUUAGGAACGCACUGAACCCCAGGCACAGGAUAUGAAAUGGACUUAGAGCACAGAAGGAUCAGGCAAGGGAGGAAACGACAGCGUUUAAGAGAGAUGCGUAUUUCCAAUGGCGAGGAGAUGGAACCUCUCAAGGACAGCUUGAAUGAGAGCCCUUGCUUGAAGAACCAUAUUGCCAUCUGCCAGGAGGAGAGCGUCUCCUUUAAUGUGCUGCCAGACCUUAUGCUGAAUGGUAAAAAGAGGAUCAACACUCCCCUCAGUCCUGAUGUGAUGGAGAAGCCAAACUGCGAGGAGGGGAAAGCAAAGGAUGAACAGGACCCAGAUACGCAGAGGGAUGCAGGAGCUGGUCUUCGCAGGCAGCAAGAUUUGAGACCUAGAGCUGAGCUGAACCGACAGUUUUCCUUGCCUUUCAGUGGCUGGGAUGCCGAAAGGGAUGCUCAAUUGCGGCUCAGAGCUUCACAGUCAGAACUCAGUGCUGGGCGAGGAUCGGCGGAGAGCUUAACUCUCUACCAUGCUGGUGAGGACGGUGGGCCUGCCAAAGGGACUGCAGCCCUGUCUGGCCGGCAGGUGGUGGGCAAGGCUGACAGCUGGCCACACCGGAGCCUGGCCACUGAGAGAAACUUCACAGCCACUUCCAAGAGUGACUUCUCCCUCAAUACACUGCUGGCGGAGGCUGAGAGGGGUGAGUCCAGUGGUCUGCAGAGGCGGACCUCACAAGGAUCAGACCAGGAGAAAACAACAAGGAGAAAAGUGAGAGUUUACUCUACAGAUUCUCCAAGUGAUGAGUCGUUCAGCAGUGGGAGUCUAGACUGUGAGUCCAUGUUUUCGGGUACCCUGUUUGACAAUGACUUGAAAGACAAUGAUUUUCUAAGCAACAGCUUCUCAUUGGAGGAUGACACUGGGCCUCUGGAUGACUCUGCCUCUGAUGAGCUUCCAUCAGAAUCACUUCCUGGACUGGAGCCAGACCCAGAGAUUAAAUGUCGCUUACCUGCCACAGGCAGCUUGAGUCGGACGCCGUGCAUCGCCGGCUGCAUGGAGCAGGAGAAACGGCGUUUCUCAGCAUCGGAACUGAUAAACAGACUGCAUCUCUCUCAGAAGAAGGUCGCACAAGCCCUGAAACUCAGCAAGUCCCUGUCAGGAAGGUCCACACCCCGAGAGAAGACACCCACUUUCUCCUUCGAAGGUAGACGGAGCGCAAAGCAAAAGAGUAAGUCCCUCAUCUCGAUCAACAGCAAUGUGUCUUCAAGGCCACAAAGAGAUGGUCUCAUCUUUGACAGUCCUCCACCCAGCUUGUGGAAAUCGAGCACUGUUCCAAGGAGAGUGGGAUCAGAAGGGGAACUGAAUGCAAAACAACUGAACGAAAGGAGACACUCCAGAUUUCUACUGAACUCGAUCCUGUAUCAGGAGUACAGCAACGUGGCAAGUGACCGUGAAAUCCAAAGACAGAAACGGGCAGACACGGUCAUUGAGGAAGAUGAUGCAAUCCUGGUCAGCAAGUACAGGUCGUUACCACAGAACUCGGCCUGGUCCCAGCGGUCAGUCCGAGGGAAUGCAUUUGCCCUUUGGCAGGACAUUCCCGAUGUGCGGAGAAGCGGGUUACUGGACCGAAUGUGCAACGAGCAACGGAAGCUGCAGGAGGCCAAGUUUGAGCUGGUCACUUCGGAAGGAUCCUACCUUCGGAGUCUCACCAUCACCAUCGAACAUUUCCAGAACUCCAGGGAGCUCCAGGAAUGUCUCAACACUCAGGAAAAGCAGUGGCUGUUCUCCAAACUGCCCGAGGUCAAAGAAGUCAGCGAAAAGUUCCUGCAGGAGCUGGAGGAGAGGCUGGAGAAGGACAUCUUAAACUUUGACGUGUGUGACAUUGUGCUGGCUCACUGCCCCGCAUUCAGGAGAGUCUACCUGCCUUACGUGACCAACCAGGCUUACCAGGAAAAGACCUACCAGCGGCUGCUACUUGAGAAUCCCAGGUUUUCCAGUAUCCUGGCCAAGAUGGAGGAGGAUCAGGUUUGCCAACGGCUGCCGCUCACCUCAUUUCUAAUCCUGCCAUUCCAGAGGAUAAUGCGACUGAAGAUGUUGGUGGAGAAUAUACUGAAACGGACUGAACAGGGCUCCCAGGAGGAAGAGACAGCCACAAAGGCCUUUGACAAACUCAAGAAGCUCACACAGGAGUGUAAUUCCAGUGUCCAGUCAAUGAAGAGAACGGAGGAACUAAUUCACCUGAACAACAAAAUCCACUUUGAAAGUAAGAUUUUCCCGCUGAUCUCUCAGUCCCGCUGGCUGGUGAAGCAUGGUGAGCUGACCGAAGUGGAUUCGCAGGUCAACAUUACGGCAGGGUCAAAGUUCAAGCUUUCCACCAGGCCGAUUUACUUGCAUCUCUUCAAUGAUUGCCUCCUGCUUUCCCGAAAGAAGGAUACAGGGAAAUUCGCUGUGUUCGUCCACGCCAAGACCCAUCAGCUAAGAGCAAAGGACCUGAAUAUGAAGGUGCACGGGAUCCCAGGGCAUGUCUUCCACUUGCAGCUGCUCGAGAAGCAUCGUGUGAAGCAGCAGAUCCUGCUGCGGGCCCGCACCGAGAGUGAGAAACAGCGGUGGAUAACAGCCAUGCUCCUUGCAGACAAAGAGAUCGACACAGAUUAUAUAGAGCCGGAGAAGGAUGACAUUCCACAGGUUCAGUGUGUCAAGACAUACAAACCCCAGGAAGCUGAUGAGCUGGCACUGGAAAAAGCUGAUGUCCUCGAAGUGAAGACAAGAACUAAAGACGGCUGGAUCGAGGGGAUCCGACUGUCGGAUGGAGAGCGAGGAUGGUUUCCCAACAGUCACGUGGAGGAGAUAACAAACCGAAAUGCCAGGCUACGAAAUUUAUGGGAAAAGAACCGGAUUAAGCAUGCGACCCGGAAACUCCAUGAAGAAUGUCAGUAACAGGAGGCCGGGCUGCAUUGGAGAUAACGUGUGGAGCGUGGACAUUGAGCACAUCCCAGAUUUUAUGGGGAGACAAAAGAAGCUUGAGGCUCUGAGUUUGGAGUCCCUGGGUGACAAGCAUUGACUAUGUUCCCCAGGGAGCAAGCUUAAUUUCUGGCGCCUGCAGGGAUGCUAUGGCAUGUCACAGGUUCGAUUCCCCUUACACCCCAGCUUACAAGGAGACACCAAGUUGUUGUGCAUAGGUUUCUACAGUGGGAGUCCAGUGGGCUGGGGAGAAUAGGCUACAGAGUCCAUGUGCUAGUGGCUGCUGCAAUAAAUCUGAGUGGCAAAGGGCCAAUGCUCUUUGUAUCUGAUUCAUGAGGCUGCUUGUUGCUUGGGGCUGGGGUGUGCAGUGAGGGGUGGGUGGAUGGCAUUAAGUAACAGAGAUCAAAGUGGGGGGGGGUGGGGGGUGGAAACUUAUUUCAGACGCAGUUAAGCCCUCAUUUUCACCCAUGCCCUGCCCAGGCAGGACUGUCCCAGCUUCGCUCUGUUUCCGAUUUAUUGGCAACAAUUGAAAAUUAAGCUUAAAACGAUUGCCCUCAGAGCCGAAGGGGCGAUGUGUCUAUGUGUCCGGCUUGUGAUGCACUACCCCCCCCCAACCCAAUGACUGGCGGGUCUUUUCUUUUUGGCACUCAGGGACGUGUGGGUGGGGAAAACUGCACAAAGCUGUUGGGGUUCUCGACAUUCUGCUGGGUAAAAAGGAAGAGUCAUUCACAGCCUGAUAGCUUUCACUGCCGCUCAGUUUUGGUGGCACAAGGACUUUCAGUGCACCCCCUUAACACCUGCUAAAUAACAAACCUUCAAACAGCCAAUGGUUUAGCCUGGCAGAGACUGAGUUAGCAGUUCGGAGUCAUGGGGGCCAAAUGCUCAUAAGUCACACCGAUCGAAUCGCCGUGAUAGGUCAGACUUGGUGCAAACAUCCAUGUGUUUCUAUGUGCGUGCAGACUCUGCCUCCCUGACACAGCAGUCUAACUCUCUGACACAUUGAGCCCAUUAAAAAGCAGCUGCUGUUUCAGUCACCAAUUCCCUCCAUAGAUUAAGCUGGUCCCUUCAGGUUCCUUCCGCCCCCCACCACUCCCAACUGUCAGACCUGGAGGGAAAAAGGCUCUUUAAAGGUUGGAAUUACCAAUCAGUUACCAUUGCCUCGUACCACAAAAGAACCUUCCAGAAUUCUGACACAGCCUCAGCCUGGGACUGACCUAAACUGUGAGGCACAAAAGGCAGUGCACAAGGAGAGGGCUCAAAAGUUUGAUUCAUCCUUGAGUAUUAUUGACGUGUCUGCCUGAACCUCCAGAUUUUGUUGUGGACAAUUCUCUCCACGCCUCAUCUGCCCAGACACCAGCUACCCUCUGGUACCUUACCAUGUCACCAUAGCCGAGGGUACAGCUGGAGGUACCAGCAUUGCAACAUCAGCAAAUUAAGAUGGUUCUACAAAUGAGUGCCUGCUCACUAUAAUGUUACAACUGUCCCUGAACCACUCACUGCAUCAUUACAACAGCUGUAAUCACUACUGGCCUGUAUACCCAUAUACUGAGUGUCCAUCAUGAUUGGGUGAUGCCUGCAAUUGGCAUGAACUGCAUACACCCAUUGCUAGUAUCUGUGGUUGCACUGUCAUUCCUGCUAAAGUGCUAAGUUAUUGUUCUGAAAUUCCCAGAUUUGGAAGCUGUUCAUUUUAUAAAUAUUUGCAUCAUUUUGAUAUGGAAUCAUUCCUGCUCUUUGUAUAUUUCACUAGGAGAACGUAAGUUUACAUUAACUGGUGAUAGGAGGUAAGGAAUCACCUUUAGGAGCCAGGUUUGAAUGAGCCCUGGCGGGAAGGGAGGUGGUGUUUGUUCGAUGGUGGCAUUCAGUGUUUAUAUAUUUCUCAGAAGAAGAGGCCACGAGCCACAACGCAGUCUGCCUGGUGCAGAUUGAGGAGCUGUACUGAGGUGGGAAGUGCUCAGAGAGCAAUUCCUCUCCACUUGACUAUGGGCCACCCAAGAAGCCUCUGAGGCCAUCACUUGGUGCCAAAUCAAAAGUGUUGGAUGGCAAUGUAACAUUUUUAUCUUCAAUGUCACUACAACCUGUAUCUAAACACAAUGUGUUGCUGGUGAAAUAUGGCACGUGUUGGCUGAAAUUCAUUGCAUUAUUGUAAAGGUUUCUCAGUGAUAGUUGAUUCAUUAUAUAUAUACACACAUAUAUUUAUAUAUAUAUAUAUACACAGAGAUAUAUAUAUAUAUGUAAAUAUAUAAUUUCACCACUGCCAUCUUAUACUGACACUCCCACUAAGGGGGCACUUGUAAAGGCACUUUGUACAUAUCUAGGAGCUAGCUAAAGAGCUAUGCAUACUUGAGGUAUGUUGCGCGUGUGCGCAGCAUCAUUAGAGGAUUCCUGAAUGCAAAAGAUUUGAUGCUUGGAUCAAGUUUAUGGUUAUUGGCAAUUGAUUUAUACAUUGGAAUAACACAACAAUUUCUGGAAAAUGUCUGCUGUUUCAUGAUUAUACACCAUCAAAAUACUCUGUUGGAAUGUUUCUGCUCUGGUGUAAUAAUUAAAAUUAUCCAUGAUUGCUGUCAUGGGAU